AUGAACCUCGACCCAGCGGAUCUUCAGCCGACAGAUAAGGCAAUUGAAAAUGCAAAAGCUCUUUUGUCAUCCGUAAAAUGUGGCCCAAAGGAGAAUUUGUAAGCUUUUGUGGUUUAAUUUAGUGAAUUCAGAUAUGAGCAAAUGGUUUCACUGUUGAAACACCUGCUAAAGUUUAAGAGCGAAUGUGGACCUUCAAACAUGGAUCACUUCACCAAUCUUGUACAAUUUUCUCAUAUCGAGCAAAAAGAUAGGGUAAAGGAAUUCAAGGAGAAAGCUGACGAAGUUUUCUUUGCUGAAAUAUUCCAAACAAUUUACAACGAGGUAAUGACAAUUAAGUAACAAAUGAGCAAUAAAAUAUAUCAGGUGAUAUCAGAGAGGCAUAUCCACACGCCUUUUAAGUCAAAGGAACCCGAUCUGAUUCACUUGAAUCAUAUUCUUAACAAUGCGGAAACAGGUAUCAUCUACCUAUUUAAAUAACGUUAUUUUAGGAUUUUCAACGGACGAAAGCAUACUUCUUUCAAUGCAUUUCCAAAAAUUGCUGAACAAGUACCCAUCGGAACACAUUCGAUUUUGGGGGAAAAUUUUUGGCUUUAAGAGAUCUUAUUAUAUCGCUGAAGCCCAGGAUUUUCAGGCGUGGCCUGUUGGAGAUGAAAAUUCGGACGUCCUUCAGACAUCAAAAACAAAAUCUCGGAAUGAGUUAAUAGACAUGUUGGAUUUUGAUGAGAAUGGAUUUCCGAUAGAGGGCCCGCCAAAGCCAUUAUGGAAACCACCACCGACUGUUCCGGUUGAAGCUCCAGGUCAAGGAGCAAAUAAGCAUGCAUACUUUGUGUUGAGCGAGUUUGGGUCCGACUGGGAACUAUUGCCCGCAGUGGAACCUGAGCAGGUAGUCAAAACUUGAUCAGCUAAUCCACCAUCUAUUUUAACUUACCGUGCAUUUAUAAAUACUGCCAGUCAGAAGUACCGAAAAGUGAAUGCUAUUGUGUGAACAUUUAUACACGAACGCGAACAAAGGUUCACCUUUGUUCGCGUUCGUGUAUAACCUAUUCCUGAAAUUCGCUCAUUCGGAUUAACGAAUUUCAGGAAUAGUUUAAGCCAGGAUGAUAUAAACUUAUCAAAAUCCGAAAGCCUUUGUCAAGUUUGGGCUUCUAAAUCUAUCAGAGAUGAGUACAAUAACGACAACUGAGUUUUGGGGUCACUAUUCAAUCAACUGCCUGUUAAGCAAAUCUCAGCGGAUGCACAGACCUCAAUAAACUCUAACCAAACAGUAUUUAUAGCAAAACAGUUAUAUUAGCGACCGGGAGAUUGAAUUUGCAAAUUAUUUCGAAAUUUAUGACACUUCGUUUUGAUAAUUCGUCGUCUUGUCACACAUCUAACUUGCACAUAUGUACGUAGGAUGUUUGUUUGCGUCCAGCCUGGUCUGAACGAUUACAGUGACAACCUAGGUAUAAAAUUUGAGCGAUCAAAUUGUUUAUUGGUUAAGUGUAAUGGCUUUCAAGACUGCUGCACAUGACAGCGCUAAACUGGUACUUCUAGUCUGCCGAGUGUGUGUUUGGUCGCGUAUAAAACUUGAUUGCUAUAUAACGAUGUAUGCAGUGUCUAAGAUGUGGUUUCUGUAUAGGUAAUUCUGGGAAGUGCAUGCGGUCGUCGGUUGCUAAUAUCCGUCAGAUACCAAUUAUGUCCAAAUAUGUAAUGAAAAAUUUGGCUUUCACGUGCUUUUUCGAGUUGCAACAAAAGUUUUAAUCAUUUAAACGGCAGUCACAUAUAACCUUGUCUAAGGACAUGGGAUGGGUGCUGCAAAAUUUAAAAUUUUCUUUGCUGUCUACGAUUUUUUAACUAGAACUUUUCUCGGAAAGGCAUGACUUCUCAAAUAACUAACGAAAGGAUUUUCGGUGCACUCUACAAUUGGUCCGUUGUCACAAAAUUAAUAUUGAAGAGAAUUUCAAAAAUAAAUAAAUUGGAUAUGAAGAACGAUACGGACUUUGAGACCCCUUCUCAUUUGAAUCGCUUUGUCUUUUAUCACCUCCAUUUUUCGCAAACUAUUGCAUUCCCCUCCAAAAAAACAAAAAGAUUGGCUACUUGCAGCGCUUUGUUGACAUUACUAUAGGCUGUAAAUUUAGAGUUUAAUAAGGUCUAUGAAAAACCACGGAUGCUGCUGCGGUCACUUGAGUCCAUUUUGGUGAGUAAUUCCGUCCUCUUGUGCACACGAGGACGGUUACUGAUUCAAUUGAAAAUACUAUUCGUGGAGACCAAGUUUAGCGAAUAAUUUGAUACGACUUUGUAGGUCAAGUGACUCCUCAGCUGCUCUUUAUAAAGAGCAAGGUAUCCACUUUAAAGCCUUCUAGUUUAAAAAUCAGGUAAAACGCAGAAUGCUGACACAUAAAAGACAAGUGAGUAUCAAACAACAUUCGGCUACUACAUGUGUGAGUUUUACGCAGCAGUCAAUUACCUUCAGUUUCCACAAUUAUAUACCGGGCCUUUAUGCAACCUUGUAUCUACUUCAUCUUUUAAAUAGUCUCUAGCUGCUUAAGGAACUCCGACUCCUCAGCCUAGAUAUUUAAGUGUUAGGGUGCCGGAUACUGUGCAUCUGUCUGUUCAUUUGCGGGACCGAAAGUUUCGAAUUGCGGUUUUUAAUGUUGGGAUUGUUUUUCCUCAAGUGGCUUCGAUUAAAAAAUUUCCUACGAUUUGCAGCGUUUUGACUUUGCUUGUCGCUUCAGUGCAACAUUUUUUCGCUGAACCAGUUAUUUUUUGGAUGGCUCGCUGUGGCUGACAUAGUUUUACCAAAAAGUUUAAAGUUCAAACCCUCAGCAAUCCUUGAAUAAUUACAAGUUAUUUUAAGUUUGUGUAACAUUACAGUUAGUGAUCUAACUUAUGAAAUGUGUCGAAAUUUACGAAUGAUUGCCAGUCACUCGCAAAGCGACACCAAUUCACGAGUCCGAUUUCUAUGUUAAUUAACUACAAGUUUAAACGAAUAAAAAACACCAAAGAAUUGUUAAAGGCAGUUGUGCGUUAUUAAGAAAUGCAAAAUUACUUCGAAAAUCGCAAUAUCCCGAAAACGUUUGAAAUGGCUCUACAUAAGUAAAGUUCGUUUUUAGAUGUACACAAUGUAUUAUCAUACCCAAAACGUAAGAAAUAUGAAAGUAGACAUAAAAUAACGUCUAAUAACAGUGUUUUAGCAAAGUUUCCCUCUAAAUAUCGCUUACUAAGUAGUGUGAUUGCAAACAUGACGCUUUGUCAACUGCCUACAUUCUGAGCGCAGAUUCCAAAACAGUUUUCCAGUGAGUCCGCCUUUUCUAUUUUUCUGAAGUAAAUGAGAUGGGAUUCAACUAGAAAAGCUGGAUUUUGCUUGAUUUCACCGAUGGAGAUGUCGUAGGAUCAAAAGUUAUCAUAAUUUGACAUGUCAUGAGGCCGUUCGGUGCUAAUAAAUUAAAAUGGAAUCGACAGGUAGGUUGAUCAAUAUGGUUAACAUCAGACUUAAAGUAAAAUUUCAAGUUCGGCAAGAUCUGUUUAUUAAAAUGCUUGCAGACAAAUUACUAUCCUUUCAAUGAAAAGGUCGCUCAGAUGCGUAGCCGGAGUCUAAGACAUGUAUUAGCAUAGGGAAUUGCACGAUAAUCCAACGUCCAUUUUCACCAAAAUUUACUGAUAUUUUACUUGAUAUAAUUGCGUAAACGCAAUUUCUGCACAAGAAAAGGAUAUUUUAUUGAAGGAAGUGGAUGGGCGAACAAAAUGCUCAACGUUAAAGGCGUCCAGAAAUUCUCUCAUUAGUUUCCGUUUUCAGAUUUCAUGAGAUAGGUCACGUACUGUAGUUUCCAUCUGAGCAACUAAAUAACCCAUUGUGUAAGUUUUUAUCCUUUACUAAUAAUAAGAAAGUCCUCCCUAACCAGAAGUAUUUUCAUGCAUAUUAACCACUCGAGUUGCUUUCUUGUGAUCUAACAAAACAGAUAAAGUGCGCACGGAAAAUCCGCCUAUUCUUUACUGGCGACUUGGAUGCAACUAUUAUCAGCUAUCCUCCCUUCCCUGGGAAAGAGAGGCAUCUUCUGAGAGCCCAAAUUGCACGAAUAACCGCCGCCACGCUUAUUUCGCCGAUGAAUUUCUAUCGCUUUGACGAGGAAGAGGAAGAAUCAGACGAUGAGGAGGUGCAUCAUGAACACUUUAUGGAAAAUGAAGAAUACGAACCGCUGACGGUUGCAGAGCUUGCGGAUCCCAGCGUCACCAAUUGGGUUCACCAUGCACCCUAUCUUCUGCCUCAGGGACGCACUAAAUGGUUAGUGCAGGAUGUUACCGUAAUUUUUUUGGGAAACUUUGUUUCUAUAACAAUAAGACUGAAAGAUGUUAUUUGCUUGGAAGAACGUUUAAACCGGUUCCCUUUCUUUAGUUCCUAUUUGCUGCUUAUGUGUUUAUUUUGUUAUGACCGCCAAUUUUGGGUCUAUUUAUCUUCUUACCGUAUAUAACCGAGCAAUCAUACGAUUGUAAUUUUAAUGGUGGCUUGAUACACAUAUUUCAAAAAGGAGCUUAGCUUCAAAUUCUCGCAAGCUCAUGAUCAAAGGUCUGCUUUCUGACACUGUGGACAUCUAAACAAACUCAUACCCUCAGCUGUGAGGUAACUAACUUAACCAGCAGGAUUGCGCAGUAUCCAUUUCAGAACCAGCCUACUUGAAAGAAGAAGAAGAAGCCAGGGAAGAAGGUGCGAUCACUGGAAGAAGUCUGUUGGCAUGACGUUUCGGAUUCCAUUCGAACCAAUCAUCACAGACCCCUACCUGCGAUUGUCUCUGAUGGAGGGCUAGUGUUAGAAUCCGAAACGCCAUUCAAAUAAACUUCCUCUUUCAGUGGUCGCAUCUUCUUCUUCUGAACCGCUUUCUGGAACCCGCCCGUUUGUUUUCAUCGACCAGUUUCUCUGUUUUAAUCAUACUAUCCACCUUGACCCUUUUAAAGGCAGAAACUAGAACGCUUCAGUAGGGAGAUAGUCGUUAAGCAGACUUAGAAUUGUCGGCUUUAAUUUCAGACCGUCGUAUUGAGGCACUGUCCAGAGUUAUGCCGGGCCACAUGUCCGCAUAGAAUUCCAUGCUUCUGAUUCUAAUCAGUGCAUACGUAGGUUACACUAUACACUAUACUUGGCGACGCAGCUGCUAGCUCUCACCAAAUGUACUGUGCAUUAGUUGCUGGCUGCCCGUUGGUUAUGCAUGAAUAUUAAUCUGGUAAGCGGAUGUUUAAUUGCAUCUGGAAGUGAAAACGUUUGCUUUUGAGGGUGAAGCCGAUGCUGACCAUUGCGAGAAACCUUUCCAUUUAAGGUCCCUUGCGCCGGUUAAUUUUCGCAGAAUCCUCCCUAGAGAGGGCUUGCAGAAUCUUCUGGUUGCGAAACCAAUAUGACAUUAGGCUCCGUAAUUGCAGGGCUUUUGACCCCCUUUCCUACAAGGGAGUGAAUAUCGGUAACUUUAAAUAUGGUUUCCAAGUCACCCCAGAUGACCACCGAAUUCAAAUAUGGGUCACGACUUCUGUUUAGUGGAGAGCUGACUCGACUUAGACCAAGAAGUCGCUCAUUUCGUAGGAAUUUUAUAAUUUGGGAAAGAAUGCAACCGAAGACAGUACUACUGUACUUAUGGAUUAACAGUCCAACCGUCGCUAACGACGGUGACCACCGCACGCACGGACGAUGAACUGCGCGCUAGUUAGUUUUUAGUGAUAAUGAGCGUACGCUGCGUCUAUCACACUCUCUUAAGUGGACCGGAGAGGGGAUUGGGCGCAGCAGCUGACAAAACUGGCAGCCCGUCUACGCGUGCCACACAUACGCCGUCCACUCACGAUGGACCGUGUUUUCAGAAAAAAGCAAAGGGGCGGCUCGGACUUCAAUCGGUCGGGAGUUCCGCACAGGUCACAUCGAAAAGAGCCGUUUGAGCCUGACUCUACGUCCUCGACCGUGUUAUUCCGUCAGUGGACAGCCUUGCGAAGCACGACUUUUAACCUAUCGCGAUAGUUUAAAAGCUCGUUGGAAAUACUCCGCUGCGUCGGAGAGUGGUAGAUGUAGAGUUAUUUUGACUGUCUUCUCCUGUGAAUCAUUCGAUUAUCUGAACCGAUCUUAAAGCUGAUGCUGCGGGUAACAGAGGUAAAACGGCCCACCCACACAUACCGGCAGUUAAACUGUCAUUUCCGGCUAGGUCACCGUGUUCGGUAUAUCGGGAUGAGGCAGGCACGGUGACUUGCGCCGCAUCUACCACACUCUCUCCUUCUCCCCCACCUGGACCUCGUGUCAAGACAAACUGAAGAAAACCGGAGGCGGGAGAGGGCGCAGGUGGAUGACACGGGCGAGCUCGCACCCUGGUGCUCCACUCCGCACCCCCUGGUCCACACAACAAACGACCAGGUUUUUGAUCAAAAACAAAAGGGUGGCUGGCACGGCGGAGUCACACUUAAACGUGCCGCCACACUCGGCUCGAAUUCCACGGAGUGGGAGUGCCAUAAAGAACACGUUGGGAAGGCGUCCUCGCAGCCUGAAUUUUAGACCACCAGCCGGCCACUCCACGCAAACGCAAAACACUGGGCCGACUGCAAGGUCCAAGUUAUCCGGUCAGUUGGUAACCUUCAAAGCCACGACUUUUGGCACACCGUCAUAGCUUCGGGCUCUUUAUAUUGUUUAUAGUGAGAAAAAUGCCCUGAGUCGUCCACCUCACCCGUAUUUCCCAUUUCCAGGUCCCAGCCACUGUCCGAGCCGGUCACUUGCGGGAGUGGGCGCGUUGGCAUACAUAG